GAGAAAGACGUAAUUUUCAGUGUUGAGACCCCGUGAGAGGUGUCUUGUAGCCUCCGUCAAAACACCAGAAUAUUAAGAACACCGUCAGCAACGUCUUCAGGAUGUCUCGAAUCAGUUCUCCAUUACCUACAGCCCGUACGCCUUCACCAGCCCGUUCUCUCUCCCCGGAUGCCCCCCAAGUCCAGGCCCAGUUCUUGAAGGCGGGUACGGGGAACUUUUCCGAUACUUCCGACGAUGAACCCGAACUCCGCGCCCUCUCCGACUCCUCCAUUGAAGUUUCACCCAGCACCUCGCCAGGACCACCAAGGGUCGUCGACUAUGUGCCCAAGAAGGUCCAGUUUGUACAGGUUGAUUCCCAAGGUGUUUGUGAAAGAGGACGGGGUACCACGUCUCCCCCUAACCGAGGACCCGCCAUCGUUGUCUCUGACCCCGACACCACCGAGGCGAUGCUGGGAACAAGACCAGGAGCAGUGUCACCUAUGGGCUCCGAGUCUGAAGUUGGCACUCUCAAGAUGGCCACCCAGAGACCCAAGUCGCCCCGUCCCAACACUCCUCGGAAAGAUGAGGCUAAUGAGUCUUUCUGGGACAAAAUUGGAACGCUGGGGAGGAAAAAGAAAAUCAAAGAAGUUCAAGAAGUGCAAGUUGAAGGUAAACAUGCAAUUGAUUCACCUGGGUCUCCCAUGUCUGUAGACGUACCUCCAGAUGACUACAAUUUAGAUGACAAUGAAGAGAGAUCUAUGAUAGAGCCUGGAUCAUAUGAUGAUCCAAAACUGAAAGAGUUGAUUGACAUCCUUAUGGAAUGGGUUAAUGAUGUCCUGGCACCGGAGCGUAUUAUAGUCAAACACAUAGAAGAGGACCUUUAUGAUGGAAUGGUGUUCCACAAGUUGAUUGAAAAGCUGACAAAUAACACUUUAGACGUGCAGGAGGUUACCCAGAGUGAGACCGGCCAGAAACAGAAGUUGCGGAUCGUUCUCAAUGCUGCCAAUCAUAUCCUUGGGCUAAGCCGAUAUGGACCCCAUAAGUGGUCAGUGGAGUCCAUCCACUCUAAAAAUAUUGUGGCAAUUCUUCACCUGCUAGUAGCAUUGGCCCGCCAUUUUAGAGCACCAAUAAGGAUGCCUGAGAACUGCAUCAUUAGUGUUGUUAUUGUGCAGAAGCGCGAUGGGCAGCUCAAUCACCGCAUUGUAAAUGAGGAACUGACCGGCACUUUUGAUGACCUGGGCCUGAGGUGUGAGCGGGAUGCUUUUGACACCCUCUUUGAUCAUGCACCUGAUAAACUCCAAGUUGUAAAGAGAUCUUUGGUCACAUUUGUAAACAAGCAGCUGAACAAGAUCAACCUAGAGGUCGGAGAUUUGGAAUCAGAGUUCAAUGAUGGAGUCUACUUGUGUCUCUUGAUGGGGCUUCUAGAGGGCUACUUUGUUCCUCUUCACCACUUCUUCCUCACACCCAAGACCUUUGAGGAAAAACUUCAUAAUGUCACACAAUCCUUUGAGUUAAUGAUGGAUGCUGGACUAGCUCAACCCAAGGCCAGGCCAGAAGAUAUUGUGAAUUCUGAUCUCAAGUCAACCCUCAGAGUUCUGUAUAACCUUUUCACCCGGUAUAAGAACACACACUAAGCGUUAGAAAGGAUGAUGAAGCACAAAACACGGAACUAAAAACUGCCUUCUUCAGUAUGAUGUAGUCUACUGUAUUUACUUAAACCCUCAAGCAAAAAUAAAUUUGCUGAUACUGUACCUCGAAGUGAGAGAUGGAAGCACAACAAGAAGUGCUUUUGUUAAUGUGCCUCAAACACUUCAUGUUUCUCAAGAAUAAAAUAAUAGUGCCUCAAAAAUUUAUAUAUACAGUAUAUAUAAACUUUGUAAGAACUAUCAGAAUACUAUAUAUUUAUGACCGACAAAGAUCCUGAGCGAUACCAUAAUCCUCCAGUGUGCCAAGCCAAACUCAGCACAAUCUCAGUCCUCCAGUAUUGCUAAAUGAAUCAACAUGUGAAAGUUUAGGUUAAGUCUAUAAGCCAUCCACUUUGUGAGAGAAAUAUUUUAUAAUUGAAUAUAGUUUACGUCUUCAGUACAUAAUAGGUAUUUUUUAUAAAUGAAGCCACACUGGACAACUAAUUAUGUUUGGAUAAAUACCAUAACCGUCCCUUCAUAUUAGGGUUGUACUGUACUGUGUUACCAAAAAUGGAUGACAGACAGCUAAAUAAGUGGUGACAAUGAGUCCAUUUAAUGGUAAUUGUAUUCUUUAUAACUAUACAAUGUAGCUACUUUUAAGUUCCUUUAUCUUUGGUUAGUUAAGAUAUUUAACCAUGUGCCUCGAUAAUUUGUAAGAUGGUCAUCACUCUCAGAGUUUGAUAACUACAAGUAUGAAACAUGACUACAGUAUAUAUAAUUAGUUCUUCAUGAAUUUGACUGGAGGAUUUUUAGGAAUUUUUAUCACGUGAGGAAAAUUUUUGCAAAGAGAACUUAAUAUUUUAAAGAAUUUGUAGGAGAAAAUGUAUACCACGUCUUGAUAAUACAUUACUUUCAUAUGUUUACACAGAUUGUUUAACCUUAUACUCGUCAUGGUAUGGGAAUACCUUACAGCCCCUAACUGCAUGAUCAAGCUGCAAUCCAUCUUGAUUGCAAUUUAUUAAUAUAUCUAUAUUCAGUUAACUAUUUCUUGUACUGUCAGUUACCGGCAACAAGUCCGUAUGAGGUAAGACCAUCAGUGAGGGAGAGUUUAUAUACAGUACAUAUAUAUGCUCUCUGUUUAAAGCUUUAAUGUACAAGUGUGUUUAUAGUGGGUGAAGAAAUAUGUCUCAUGGCCCACUGUUUUGUUCCUCAUAAGUCUAAAAUACGGUGCAUCACAGUAGUUGUCUUGUAGUGUUUUGUUUGUUAUUAUUGACAGUUUAUAUAUUUUUCAUUACAUUUUCAGCUCAAAGUCUGACUCUUCAGUUGUAAAAUAAGAUAAUGUAUGCAUUUAUUGUCGUGCUGCUGCAAUUGUGGCUAUUGCAACUAAAGUAUUAGUAGUAAAGUACCAUAGGUGGCCUUUGUGAUCAAGCUUCAUGAUUGUAUAAUAUUGUUUCAUAUCCUUAAAUAAGCUUUGUCUUGACUCUGUAGUUGAGUCUUCAAUUAGUGAUGUUGUCAUUAUAAAACAAAACAAAACAAAUAUCUGUAGUUCAAUUAUUUGGUAUUGAAAUUAGUGAAUCUAUUUCAGGCACUCCCAGGCAGAGGUCAUGCUUAAGCUUAACUAUAAAUUCUUCAUAAAUUCAUAUUAUAUCAUGACUUCACAUUAUACAGUAUUUCAUUUAGAUGUGAGCUUUAAAGAGAGGCACAAUAGAUCCUUCAGGAAAAUCUCCUUUUAUUCUUUCAAAACAUCACUGAGGUGUGUCAAAAUAUUGCAAAGUUAAAGUGUUUUCUGUGCAAUGACAUUAUUUUACCACCAAGUAUUUUCUGUAAAAAGAUCUAAAAAAAUAGUACAGUUUGCAAAAUCUUGAUGGUAUAGCGACUGUAUAUACACUGAUAUUGUAUGUGUAAAUUGGUACCGAUCUUUGUUAAUUGUUUUUGGAGGUGUAUUAUUUAUAAAACUCAUUAUUUGUUUCAUAUUCAUUUAAAAUCCUGACAAGGCAAAAUUGUUGGUAGUGUUCAACUGUAUGCAUGGUUGAGAAUAAUGAUUCUUAGCAUUGUUUGCUUGGAGCUGUAUUUUUAGUAUGUUUUGUACUGUAAUGAAAUACUGUACCACUUUUAAUUAUUUAAUUAACUGCAAUAUAUUGUCAAUGUAUGUUCUGAAAUAUGUUUUAAGUACAGUACAGUAUUAAUAUGUAGGAAAUAUGCUUUAAAUUUUGUGGGCAUGUUACUGAUAAUUUAACACUGAUUUCAGUUAUGUUUGGACAGUAGUACUGUAAUAGGAUUGAUUAAGUUAAAGCCAUUAAUUGGAUACAUUAGAUAGAAUGUAAAUAAAAAAAAAUUAGUGGCUUUAAUUUUCUUGGUCACAAAUUGCUUCAUAUAAUUAACUAGUCUUUUAUUGUUGUUCUUCAGUCCUUCUAUUACUACAGUAAUCAUUAUACUUCUCAUGAGAGAACAUCUCAAAGAACUAAAACUUGCUUUGGUCUUCAUGGUUACCAGUUUAGUCUAAGUAGGACAAUUCAGGUCGACCUCAAAUACUGUACUGUACUGUACUGUACUGUACAGAUCAACCAGCAGUCCAAAAAAAUCCAUGUUAUCUGUAAUUUGUGGAUAGUAAUGCAAAUGAUCACAUAAAAGUGUAAUGAUAUUGUUAAGCUUCUGAAGAAUCAGCUUCAUGUUAGUGAUAACUUUACAGUAGUGCCUGUCUGUUCAUCCAUAAAAUCCUGUUCAACCUUGUGUUCACAGUGGGAUAUGGUUGAUGUGGCCAGAUUGUACAGUAUUGGAAUCUUUGCAAUGUUUCUCUUAAAUGGUUCGCAUUAAAUUACCAUUAAUCACAUCAGAUUGCAUUCAGUGUUGAAUUGAAUUUUUAAUUGCAGUUUAAGGCUGUUGUACUGUACUUCACCUUACACUGUUAUGACCCUUCUAAAUCAUGUACUGACGGUGAACAACAUAAUCCUCACUCAAGUCAAAUGCAGUAGUAUGAACUGCAGUGCCAGAGGUAAGUCUUUAAUCAUUGUAGACUUAGUCAUAACAUAAUUACUAAAGCAAGCACCAAAAAAAAAUGGGAAUUUAGGAUAUUUCACUAUUACAAUGAGGUCUAAUUGUAAUUUGAAUACAGUAUACAGAAGCCUCACAAGUACAUUAUUAUUUUUUAUGUGAAUAUAUACCUAUUAUACUAUAUAUGGCAAACAAUUCACUAAAAAAAUGCAUUUUCAAAGUGAAAGUACAGGUACCUGUGCUCUGUAACAUAUUUCUUGGCAUAAAGGACAUAUACAAAAUCUGGUUAUAGUGCUCACAGCAUUAGAGGCUUUUCUCUGAAAGCUUUGAUUAUACAGUACCCCUGUAUAUGUGUUUUCAUGUGAAAUUAAUAAGUCAUCACACAGGUACAGGCAUUAGUAAGAUACACUAUACUGAUAUGUACAUUUUAUCAAACAUACUGUAUAUCAUUUGUUAGUCUAAACCCAAGGUAAUAAUUUUUGCAGGGAGGAUAGUGUAAAUGAAGCAUACCCGGUAGGUCUUUGGUCUUAUACACAUGAGUGUAUUUUACUUAAAUCUUCCUGUAAGUGCCAAAGUUUUUAAGUGUUAUAUAUUUCAUAAUGUUAAAGAUGGCUUGGACAAUCACAAUUAAGAUCUCAAAUCUGUAAUAAUUAACUUUUAUAUUACAUUCUUACCAUGUAGUAAUAUGGCUCACCAGGUGCCUUCUAUUAACAAUAAAAACUUUCAAUAAAUUCACAUUAUUA